CGUGCGCCGGCGUCAGUCGAAGAUGGCGGCGGCCGUGAGCGGGCUGUUGUUGCGAGCCCUGCGCGCCUCCUACCCGCUCCCCGCCGCCCGCGGCCUCCGCACCGCCCUCCCCCGGCCCGCCUUCGCCAAGGAGCUCUUCCUGGGGUCGCUGCGCAAGGAAGAAGUUUUCCCUUAUCCAGAAAUUAGCAAUGAAGAACUACAGGAGAUCAACCAGUUUGUAGGACCUGUAGAAAAAUUCUUCAAUGAAGAAGUGGACUCUAAGAAGAUUGAUCAAGAAGCAAAAAUCCCACCUGAAACUUUAAAAGGACUGAAGGACCUGGGUCUCUUUGGCAUGCAGAUUCCAGAGGAAUAUGGGGGUCUUGGUCUGUCAAACACCAUGUACGCGCGGCUGGGAGAAAUCACUUCGUUAGACGGAUCUAUCGCCGUCACGCUGGCAGCUCAUCAGGCUAUUGGGCUGAAGGGAAUCCUCAUUGCGGGCACUGAUGAGCAGAAAGCAAAGUACCUGCCGAGGCUGGCGUCUGGGGAGCACAUCGCAGCUUUUUGCCUCACAGAGCCUGGAAGUGGAAGUGAUGCUGCCUCCAUCCAGACAAGAGCGACCCUCAGUGAAGAUGGGAAAUCCUUCUUAUUAAAUGGCUCCAAGGUGUGGAUAUCGAACGGUGGCCUCGCAAAUAUCUUCACGGUGUUUGCCAGGACAGAGGUUGUUGAUAAAGAUGGACAACUCAAAGACAAAAUUACUGCUUUCAUCGUAGAGCGGGACUUUGGUGGAGUCACCCAUGGGAAACCUGAGGAUAAGUUGGGCAUUCGAGGAUCCAAUACUUGUGAAGUACAUUUUGAAAACACAAAAGUGCCUAUUGAGAAUGUAAUUGGAGAAGUAGGAGGGGGAUUUAAGGUUGCCAUGAACAUCCUGAACAGUGGGAGGUUUAGCAUGGGCAGCGCCUCGGCGGGAAUGAUUAAAAAACUGAUAGAAAUGACAGCAGAGUAUGCUUGUACCCGGAAACAAUUCAACAAGAAACUGAGCGAAUUUGGAUUAAUUCAGGAGAAGUUCUGUUUGAUGGCCGUGAAGGCCUAUGUGAUGGAGAGCAUGGCUUACCUCACGGCAGGAAUGAUGGACAGGCCCGGCUUCCCCGACUGCUCCGUGGAGGCAGCCAUGGUCAAGGUGUUCAGCUCUGAAGGUGCCUGGGCUUGUGUCAGCGAAGCGCUGCAGAUUCUGGGUGGCCUUGGCUACAUGAAGGAUUACCCCUACGAGCGCUACCUCAGAGACUCCAGGAUACUGCUCAUUUUUGAGGGAACAAAUGAAAUUCUGCGACUGUAUAUUGCUUUGACGGGUAUGCAAUAUGCAGGCAAAAUCUUAACUGACAAAAUUAAAGAAAUCAAGAAGGGGAACGUGGGCGUGGCGCUGGGGGAGUUCCUCAACAGGUUACGGGACACGAUGGGCAGAAAAGUGGAUUAUGGGCUGGCGGGCGACGGCGGGGUGGUGCACCCCAGCCUGCAGGAAAGUAGCAAGAAACUUGAAGAAAAUGUUCAUUAUUUUGGAACUACAGUGAGAGGCCUGCUGAGUCGCUUUGGCAAGACCAUAGUGGAUGAGCAGUUGGUGCUGAAGAGAGUGGCAGAUGUCGUCAUCAAUCUAUACGCCAUGACCGCAGCCAUUUCCAGAGCGAGCCGGUCCAUCAGCAUCGGGCUGAGGAACCACGACCAUGAAGUGCUUCUUACCAAUAUCUUCUGCACAGAAGCAUAUUUCAAGAACAAUUACGCCAUGGCUCAAUUAGAAAAAUACGCAGACGAGAAUCUGGAUGACUGCAUUAAAAAAGCUGCAAAGCAGAUCCUGGAGAAGAGAGCGUACACCUGCUCCCACCCCCUGGACAGGACUUUCUGAUUCCUCCCCUGAAUCAAAUACCCAUGAAUGUAAACCAGUGGCUAAUUCUCUGCAGUUCAAGUAUUAUUUGCACAUUAAAAAUAACUAUUUUACGAGUUUACCAAAUGUAAUUAGCUGUAACUGUAUAAAACAAAAUUUCUAAAGACACCUUCAUAUAAAGAGGAUUAAUAAAGAAAUUUUAUUAACAUCUCAA